GCGGGAUUUAAUUGUUUGAUUUGACCCGAGGGCCGAGACUGCCGUGACCGCGCUGUGUGCCGUGACCGCGGCGCGCAUUUGGAAUUGAUUCUAAUCAGGGCCACCGCGCACCUGUCCGCACCUCACGCAGCCCGCGUGCGGCAUCGCUGUCGCACCUUCUGGGCGCUGUGAUCCUCGGAGCCCCAGAGCCCAGUUUGACCUACAAACUGCUGCGUAUUUGCAACGAGCAGGCAUCGCGCAACACGAGCGCAGCCACAUUCACAAUGCGGCGCGUCGCCCCCAAUUACGCCUUCCUGGCAGCCGCCGGCUUCGCGCUCGUAGCGUUCGCUGCGUCACUCACGACCAUCAUAGAGCAAGGCAUCAAAGCGGACGUCCGCGCGGCGGUCGUCGUGGACACGUAUAGGGCGUGGCACGCCAAGCACGUCAAUGUUCGCCGUCCCUGUACGGUUCACGCGUGGAACGUGACCAACCUCAAGGCCGUCCUCGACGGCGCCAAGCCCCAGCUCGAUAAGGUCGACGUUGCGCUCACGCGCGCCGAGGAGGGCUCCGACCUCAAGUGGCUCGACGGCGGCGACGCCUACGAAUUCACGCGCCGGUCGGCGUACGUCGCGCGCGACGCCGCCGAGGAGGCGCGCCUCGACACAGAGGUAGUAGGCCUGAAUCCGGCCUACCUCGCUACGAUAGCUAAGUACGGCUCGGAGGGCGCCAUGCUCCGGAACCUAUCUCAUGUAGCAGUGAACAAGGUCGCCGAAGUCCUGGACGCCUUCAUCACGACGCAACGCCUCGCGAGCGUGUCGACGUACCUCAACGGCGUCGCCGUGGACCUCCUGGCGACGGGGCUCGCCCUCGACGGCACCGCGGUCUGGUCCUCGGUCGAGUCCGUCGCGCGCCAGUGGGCCGGGGGCGCCGUCUUGGGCGGGCCGCUGUCUAGUCUGGAUGAGAAGUACACGACGUUCGAAGCUUCUGGCGUGUCCGAAGAAACGGCGUUGAUGCUCUGGGACGAGUCUCAUCAGUAUUCGUUGCUGACCGAGGCCGGGGUUUCUGCAUGGACCGCGGCGCUCUCCGGCGACGGCGCCGCGGAAAUCGCCGCGGCCGUCCCGGAGUCCAGCGCCGUGCUCAGCUGGCUCUCGGCGCUCGUCGACGAAACGAACCCGUACUACUUCGCCUACGUCGCGCCAAUGCUCUCGGACGAGGCCGCGACGUCCUGGCGCGACCUCCGCGGCCAGCAGUUCGCCACCGGCGCCGUGACGCAGAAGCUCUACGGCGUCGCGAGCGUUUUGUCGCUACAGCUCGACGGUGUUGUGGUUGCGCCCGAGCUCCCCGUGUACGCGGCGGCAAGCGGCGUCACGAUCUCCAUGACGGCCGCCGAGGCGAACGCGUUCCUCGACACGGGUAGCCUCCCGUCGUCGGCGACGGCCGACGCGUACCUGAACCAGUACCUGCCCUACGACUUUCUCCUGAAGGGCUUCGUCGUGGGCUACCUCCGGGACGGCAUGACGGCGACGACGGAUCCCACGGGCCUCGACGCGGCCUCGCUCACUCUCUCAGGCGACGGCACUGGCACCAAGAACGGGGGCAUCUUCACACGUCGCACGCUGCGCGAGGUUGUCUACGGUUACGAGGACCCGCUGCUGGAGCUCCUGGGCAAGGCUUCGUACGCCGGGGCGCUCAACGCUACUAUGAUGACGGGGCGCUAUGGCUUCAGGACCGGCAAGCGCCACAUCAGCGACGUCGGCAAGUACGCGCUGUGGCGGGACACGACGAAUAUCGAGGCCAUCGGCCUCCGCAAGGCGCAGGCGAAGCCGUUUUCUGAGAAGGGUAGCAUCACGGUCUGGUUCGACGAGUUGCUCCGGCCGAUUACCUUCCGGUCGGGCGCCAAGACGACGGUCAAGGACGUCGAGGCGCGGAACUACCACCUGCAGUCGUUUGGUAUGCUCACGAUGCCCGCGGGUCCGUCGAUGACGCGCCCGGCGCUCGGCGGCCUGGACGAGGCCUACCGCUCGGAGUUCGAGGGCCUCCCUACCUACGAUGCGGCGGAGCACGGCACGUGGGCCGCCGUCGAACCGCUCACCGGUAGAUUCGUCAAGAGCCACACGCGUCUCGAGCACGCGUGGUCGCUGGACUCCACGCAACUCGAUUGCGAGUUGUGGCAGCACGUCUUCGCGCGGAUGGCGGCGUUUCCAUGGCCGCAGCUCUACACCGACGAGUCCGACGAGAUCUCCGGCAAGGACGCGAAGGAAUUCGUGGCCAUGGUCUACGGCGCCCGCGACCAGGCCGUCAUCUGGGCCGUGAUUAUUGGCUUCCUCGGGCUCGGUCUGGUCUUCGUCGGACUGCACGGUAUCUCUCAGGACGACGACAAGGCGAAGACGCAGGUCUGGCCCUCGCCGCAGCGCGAGCAGCGCCGCCCGCAGCACGGCAAGGUCGAGGAGGACCUCUUCGUCGAAGAAGUGAAGGAAGACCCCGGCGAGGAGUACGACGACUUCCCCGUGCCCGAGGAGGAGGAGCCUGAGCCAGCGCGCAAGACGAUGACGAUGAUGGUCGUGCACUGGCUGCCGACGCCCUACAACUACAAGCGCUACUAGCAUGUGGUCGCCGAACCCUGUCCCCCUGUGUAAGAAGCCCUGUUACCCUUA